UGCGCAGGGUGGGUAUGGAGUGUACUGCACCGGGAGGGAGUGCAUGCGUGCGGCUCUGCGGGUCCCGGGCUGUCCCCGAGCUGUCCCCGCGUGGAGCGUGGGGGUUUGGGCCAUGCAGGGCAGGACCAGGUGGACUUCGGCCAGACCGAGCUGCACACGGUGCUUUUCCAUGAGCCAGGCAGCUCCUCCGUGUGGGUGGGAGGACGCGGCAAGGUCUACCUCUUUGAUUUCCCCGAGGACCAGAACGCAUCUAUGCGGACGAUGAACAUCAGCGCCACAAAGGGGUCCUGUCUGGAUAAGCGGGACUGCGAGAACUAUAUCACUCUCCUGGAGAGGCGGGGUGAGGGGCUGCUGGCCUGUGGCACCAAUGCCCGGCACCCCAGCUGCUGGAACCUGGUGAAUGGCACUGUGGUGCCACUUGGCGAGAUGAGAGGCUAUGCCCCCUUCAGCCCGGAAGAGAACUCCCUGGUUCUGUUUGAAGGGGACGAGGUGUAUUCCACCAUCCGGAAGCAGGAAUACAAUGGGAAGAUCCCUCGGUUCCGCCGCAUCAAGGGGGAGACUGAGCUGUACACCAGCGAUACAGUCAUGCAGAACCCACAGUUCAUCAAAGCUACCAUCGUGCACCAAGACCAGGCCUACGAUGACAAGAUCUACUACUUCUUCCGAGAGGACAAUCCUGACAAGAAUCCUGAGGCUCCUCUGAACGUGUCCCGUGUGGCUCAGCUAUGCAGGGGGGACCAGGGCGGGGAGAGUUCACUGUCGGUCUCCAAGUGGAACACUUUUCUGAAAGCCAUGCUGGUAUGCAGUGACGCUGCCACCAACAAGAACUUCAACAGGCUGCAGGACGUCUUCCUGCUCCCCGACCCCAGCGGCCAGUGGAGGGACACCAGGGUCUACGGCGUUUUCUCCAACCCCUGGAACUACUCAGCCGUGUGCGUGUAUUCCCUCGGUGAUAUUGACAAGGUCUUCCGCACCUCCUCACUCAAGGGCUACUACUCAAGCCUUCCCAACCCUCGGCCUGGCAAGUGCCUCUCAUACCAGAAGCCGAUACCCACAGAGACCUUCCAGGUGGCUGACCGUCACCCAGAGGUGUCGCAGAGGGUGGAGCCCAUGGGGCCUCUGAAGACGCCAUUGUUCCACUCUAAACACCACUACCAGAAAGUAGUCGUCCACCGCAUGCAGGCCAGCCACGGGGACACCUUUCACGUGCUUUACCUAACUACAGACAAGGGUACCAUCCACAAGGUGGUCGAGCCAAGGGAGCGGGAGCGUGGCCUCGUCUUCAACGUCGUGGAGAUCCAGCCCUUCCGCCGCGCGGCUGCCAUCCAGACCAUGUCGCUGGAUGCUGACCGGAGGAAGCUGUAUGUGAGCUCCCAGUGGGAGGUGAGCCAAGUGCCCCUGGACCUGUGUGAGGUCUAUGGUGGGGGCUGCCAUGGCUGCCUCAUGUCCCGAGACCCCUACUGCGGCUGGGACCAGGACCGCUGCGUCUCCAUCUACAGAGCCCCGUGGCCAGUGCUGCAGUCCAUUAAUCCAGCCGAGCCACACAAGGAGUGCCCCAACCCAAAACCAGACAAGGCCCCACUGCAAAAGGUUUCCCUGGCCCCGAACUCUCGCUACUACCUGAGCUGCCCCAUGGAAUCCCGCCACGCCACCUACUCCUGGCGCCACAAGGAGAACGUGGAGCAGAGCUGCGAACCUGGUCACCAGAGCCCCAACUGCAUCCUGUUCAUCGAGAACCUCACGGCCCAGCAGUACGGCCACUACUUCUGUGAGGCCCAGGAGGGCUCCUACUUCCGCGAGGCUCAGCACUGGCAGCUGCUACCCGAGGACGACAUCAUGGCUGAGCACCUGCUGGGCUGCGCCCAUGCCCUGGCCACCUCCCUCUGGCUGGGGGUCCUGCCCACACUCACUCUCGGCUAUCUGGUCCACUAGGGCCUCCCGGGGCUGGGCAUCCCUCAGACGUCUGCAGCCCAGGGCACUAGAACAUCUCACACUCAGAGCUGGCUGGCCCGGGAGCUCCUUGACUGCUGAUUCUUCCAGGGGACAGAAUAACCCAGUGGAGGAUGCCAGGCCUGGAGAGGUCCACCCACAGGCGACUGCUGGGCCCCAGGUGGCACACUGGCAGUGAGGGGCUGAGCAUGAGGGCACCGACUGUGAAGCUGGGGCAUCAAUGACCCAAGACUUUAUCUUCUGGAAAGUAUUUUUCAGAGACUCCUCAAACUUGACUAAAUGCAUGGGUCGGGGAGUGGGUUUGGAAAGGGGAGCUGGGACCCCAUCUCUGGACUCUUGGUGCCCACGUUGCCUCCUUCCUCUCCCUCUCCCGUGGCUGGAUGGCUGGUGUUCCUGAAGACCCGGGGCUACCCUCUGCCCAGCCCUGUCCUCUGCAGCUCCCUCUCUGGCCCCGAGUCCCACAGGACAGCCACCUUGCAUGUUUAUUGAAGGAUGUUUGCUUUCCGGACGGAAGGACGGAAAAAGCUCUAUUUUUAUGUUAGGCUUAUUUCAUGUAUAGCUACUUCUGACUGCAUCUGUUUGAAAAUACCAAAACUACAUGCUGGGGGGGGGGGUGGGGGUGGGAAAGGGAGGGGCUGGGAAGGGAUGGGUUGGGGAGGGGGGUGAUCCCAGUCUGAGGCUCCUGAGGACAGGAUAAGAGUCUGGAGACGGAUGGGUGUGGGUUCUUGGAGAGUGGCAUGAGCUGGCUCUGCCCUGGGAGCCCGGUCUGAGGGGGGACGUGGUUGGAGCCCCCAGUGUUGGGGGUGGUUAUGGCGGGGGGAGGGAGACAGGGGAGAAUGAAGGAGAAAACUGAGCCCUAGAUUUGCCGUGUUCAUUUAGAAGGAGGAGCCGGGUCCUCAGGGGGAGGUUCCAGGACUCUGCCCUUGGCGUUGAGGGUUGGGGGGCGGGGGUCUCCUCCCUUCCCCUCAGCCCCCUUCCCCAGGGGCUGUGCUUCCAUGCUUCUAGCCUCCCACCUUUGCUCAGGACAUGUUAUAACUUAGGCUAAACUGUGAAAAUUCCCGUGAGGAUGGCCUGGGCCGAGCUCUCCAGGCAGCGGCCCUGCCCCCAGCCCUGUCCAUCCAUUUCAGGGGGAGCUGGGCCCUUCUCCGGCUGUGUCUAGCCACCCAGGGCAGGGCCUGGGGCUGGCGGCCUCCCAGCUUUGGCCCCGUACGUCUUCUCAAUGCACUUUAAUAAUGUAACAUAUUACUAAUAAACGAGCUAUUUAUUUA